AUGACUUCUCCACGAAUUAGUCGUUCUGCACUGUUGGAAGCAUUUUUGAAUGCUCUGACCUGGGGUGUUCAGCACGACUGGCUCAAAAAGAUAUGGAAGACAAAUCAUGAAAAUAUACGAUCCGAAGUUUUGGCUCUGUAUCAUAAAUCGCAGCAAGAGUCACUGGGUGGUGAAUUAGUUGUUUUCUCAAACAAGCCGAAUGAAGACGAAGCAACAUGUCUCGCUUCAACGUGCUGUAUUUGUAAAUUAAAAAAAUAUUUAACAAGAGAAAACGCGACAAUGGUGAAGAGUCACAAAGUCGAAGAAAAAUUACAAAAUGGAUAUCUGAAACUGUAUGGUGUUCAAUUAGGUGUACCAUUGCUGAACAAAUCCAUUCAUUCGGUAUGUUAUAGAAAAUUAUUAUAUCACGCAUCGAGGAUAACAUCAGCUAAUACAAGUACUGGAUCUUUAAAAAGAGCCGCAAGUCAACCUGUUCCCGCAACAUCACAAUCCAUCCCAUUUUCUAACGGUAAACGUCUACUACACCAGUUAAUAUUCUACCGAAACAGGUGGUUUCGAAUUAGUUUAACUGAAUUCGAAACCACUUUAAAGUUUCAAUGGAUAAUGACCCUUUUCUUAUCACUGCUUGCCAGCAGUGCAAAUAUCACCGACGAUUCUCCUCCUACAUCUCUCGCAAAACCAGUUGAUCAUCAUAUACUACACUCAGUAUCUGCUCCCGUGAAAAAACAAAUAGGAACGAAAUCUACUAUACGUAGAAUACUUACAGCGAGACUACCCUUUUUAUCAACUUCCAAAAAAGAACGUUUAUCACCUAUAGCUGAUGCAAAUCAUGAAAAGAAAGAACGAUGUAGUUCAUCUAUUCAGAGUGAAAGUACCAUAUCCUUUGGUCCUAGUAUCAAAUUACCCGCUGAAAGUAUUUCAUCAUCAUCGUCGAUAUUAUCAAGUGAGCAUCUUGCCUACAGGGAGUUAACUCAACAAAGUUCACUUGACGUUUCACUUUUACGAAUGGGUGAUAGUAUCAUUUCCAAUCGAUUGUUCGAAGCGAUCCCCGAAGAUGUGACACAAUUUGCUUUUUGUUCAAGUACACCGAUUACACCAAGAAGGUCUAUGAGAGAGCACGAUCAAGUAACUGAUAUUGAGUCAACGAUUAUGAUGAAUACAGCACAAUCAGUCAUGCACGGAACAGAAAAAUCGGCAUUUGAUGAACUGUGUGACUGGUUAAUUACACUUUUGAAUACAGGUUCGUUAGUCUCUGUGAGAACAAUACAAGAAACGUAUAAAAAGAUAUUGAACGAUCGAGAUGGUAAAAAGAUUGAUCACUCAUCCACUCGAGCUUUAUAUAUAUGUCGUCGCUUGGAGAAUCGUUUUCGUGAUCAACUCCACUUUGAAACAUCGUCGGACAAAGAAGGAACGCUCGUCGGAUUUAAAGAUGUUUCGUUUUAUAUGAAAUUAUCGUUAUUGAAGUAUAAAGGGCAAGAACCGUACUCUGUUUUUGAAGCACCUAAGCGAAAUGAAGAAAAUGAAGAUAUUCAAUCCAUUUUCAAUUCUAUUCGUCUUCUACGCGCUUCUAUUCAGGAUGGAAUGCAGCAAUUAAAGCUAUUAAAAUCUGAACAGUUACUAUACUUGACUUCUGAUGAUUACUGGUCUACUAUACCGUUACUUAUGAGAAAUUUUAUUGGAUUACUGACGUCAAAUAAACGUGAUUUUUUUCGUUUAUACAGCAGUACUGAUUUAUUAACAUCCGAUCUAUUUGAAAAAUCGUCGAAGUGGUUAAAAAUUUCGUCUCUUUGUUAUGACAUACUCAAUUGCAGUGAUGAUCAUCAUUUAAGCCCGAAACACUACUUGUUGGGGAACGAAUUAUUACAGCACGGACGAUCAGCCAAUUUGUUAUCGAUAUUCAAUCGAUAUGGUCACACCCGCUCGUACCAAACAAUCACAAAAUUACACGACGAGACUGCACGUCGAGAAGGCGAUGGUUAUCGAUUACCAACACAUAUUCACCCAGAUUACUUUAUAAUUAAGUGCGUUGACAACUUCGAUCUGAAUCGCGAUACCGUGGAUGGAACAGGAUCUUUCCAUUUUAUUAAUCAAAUUCUAAUCCAAGAUCCAUCUAAUAUAAUCCAAGAACGUACAGAGUCUAAACAAAUGUCUGACACAAUGAAUCAAACGUCCAGACCGAAUUAG